CCGGCGGAAGCGCCGCGAAGGUUCCGGGGCCGCGAUGGCUCCGGACCCGUGGCUCCCUCUGCUCGCCGCCGCCCGCCAGCUCGCCCAGGACAUCGCCGAGAAGCUGCAGGAGCGGAGCCGCUGCCAGCGGAGCGGGGAGAGCUCGGCCAAGGUCAACAUUGCCAUCAGGUCCUCGCUGCAGAGCCUCAGGGAGAAGAUUGAGCAGCUGAGGGAGCAGCUGCUGCGGGCGGUGUCCACUCGGCAGAUCACCCAGCUGGAGGGGGACAGGAGGCAGAACCUGGUGGACGAGCUGGUGACACGGCACAGGCAGCUGGAGGCAUCCUACAGGAAUGAAGGUCCUGAGCCAGACAUGAGCAGGUCCAGCCUCAUGGCAGGAGGGGCCAAACGAGGCGUCACCAACCCCUGGCUCUUGGAAGAAUCGGAGGAGACCAGAGGACUUGGCUUUGAUGAGCUCAGGCAGCAGCAGAGAAGGAUCAUUGAAGAACAAGAUGCUGGACUCGAUGCUCUUUCUUCAAUCAUAUCCAGGCAGAAACAAAUGGGGCAGGAAAUUGGGAAUGAGCUGGACGAGCAGAACGAGAUCAUCGAUGACCUGACGAGCCUGGUGGAGAGCACGGACGGGCGGCUGCGCAGCCAGACACGGCACGUGCAGGCAGUGGAGAGGAAAUCCACGUCCUGUGGGAUGCUGGUGGUGAUCGUGCUGCUGCUCAUCGCCAUCGCCGUGGUCGCGCUCUGGCCCACGGGGUAACCCCGGCCCUGCUGGGGCAGCUGCUCCAGGGGAGCCCCAGGGCUCGGGCAGGGACCUGCUGAGGGCAGGGAUGAGCUCCAUCCAUCGCUGGGAACAAACUGCACAGCUGGGAAUGACCCCACUGAGCAAACUGAACAGCUGGGAAUGACCCCACUGAGCAAACUGAACCAUGUCCACAGCUGGGAAUGACCCCACUGAGCAAACUGAACCAUCUGCACAGCUGGGACUGACCCCACUGAGCAAACUGAACAGCUGGGAAUGACCCCACUGAGCAAACUGAACCAUCUCCACAGCUGGGACUGACCCCACUGAGCAAACUGAACCAUGUCCACAGCUGGGAAUGACCCUACUGCAGCAGCCUGGACAAUCCCAAAGCUGGGAAUGACCCCACUGCAGCAGUCUGAGGCAGCCCCGCUCUCCUUGGCCAAGGAGCUCAGUGAGACCUGCAAGAUUUCAGUGGGAAAGGAUUUCAUCCCAUUAACAGGAUUUCAUCCCACUCUUCCCACCUUCCCCUGGCUCUCAGGCAGCUGCAGCUGUGGGAUGGACCCACCUGUCCUGCACCUGGCCCAGCUGGUGCUGCUGCCCUGCCCAUCUCCUGAGCUCAGACAUGCCAGGGGCUCCAAACACCGAAAUGCAGGAGUGCUGUGGAGAACAGCCACGUUCCCUGCUCUGGAUCCCUCCUGCAGAGGGAAAUGCUCCGUCCAGGGAAUGUCCUGGGGAGUGGCUGCCUCUGGAUUCCCCCAGGAUGGGAAG